AUGGCACUCUCUGGAAUAAACCCACCAAACAUGAACUGGGACAGUGUUAAUUUACCAACAACUUGGGAAAAAUUUGAACGAAAUGUUAAACUAAUAUUCAGUGGACCCCUCAAAGAAAAAUCAGAAGAAGAGAGGAUUUCAUAUCUACUUAUAUGGGUAGGAGAAAAGGGGCAAGACAUUAUGCAAUCCUGGAAUUUAAACGCAGAUGAUAGAAAAAAGAUCGAUACGUACUUCACAAAAUUUCAAAACCACGUUCAACCUAAAUUAAACCCAAUUUUUGCUAGGUACCAAUUCAACAACGAAAGGCAGGGUGAUGAAAACAUAGACCAAUUCAUCACAAAACUAAAAUUGAAAGCCAAUGAAUGCAGAUACCAAGAAGGAACAAAGGACGAAAUGAUCAGAGAUCGAAUUGUUUUCGGGGUAAAUAACCAAAGACUGAGAGAAAAAUUAAUUAACGAAGGAGAAUCCUUAACAUUAGACAAAGCAAUCCAAAUCUCACAAAAUUUCGAAUACUGUAAAAAACAAAUGGACAUUCUUAACCCCAAGCAAGACAUAAAUUACGUCAAACAUGGACGAAGGCAAGGUCGUGCCAAACCGGAACAGAGCGCUGCCAGGAUCGACACGAAACAGAAGUCUCAAACAACUACCUGUAGAAAUUGUGGAACAUACCAUGACAUCACUCAAAGAAGGAAAUGUCCGGCAUAUGGACAGCAGUGCAAAUCAUGUAAAAAGUACAAUCAUUGGGCAAAAGUAUGCCGUUCAAACAAACAGAAACAUGUUCAUGAAUUGUCGAACAAUUUAAGUGAAAAUAGUGAUGAUUCUUGUAUGGAUAACUAUUUCAUUGAUACGGCCCCCGAUUCUCAACUUAUCUCUUACUCAGGUGAUACAAUAAAAGUUAUAGGAAAAAUCAGUUUAACCUGUAGCUAUCGUACCGCGCAAGUUACUGUAGACUUCUAUGUCGUUAACAGUGACGCACCGCCGCUUAUAGGAUUACAGACAUCCAUUGACCUUGGGUUAAUUAAACUCACAUAUGACAUAAACUGCCAAAAUACUCAGUACAUGACUAAAGAGUCAGUAAUGUCUGAGUACUUGUUCAGGGGCGUAGGCAUACUCCCUGGUAAAAGCAAAUUACACCUGCGGGAUGACGCUAUUCCAGUAAUUACACCUCCGAGACAAGUACCGGAAGCGCUCAAAUCGCGACUUAAGCUAGAGCUUGAGCAAAUGGUCAAAGACGAAAUUAUAACACCAGUGACGGAACCUACGGACUGGGUACACCCCAUUGUUGUGGUCGAAAAACCGAACGGAAAAUUACGUAUUUGCUUAGACCCAAAACAGCUCAAUGACGCAAUACGUAGACCUCAUUAUGUCACAUCAACACUUGAUGACGUAACAGCAAAGCUCGCUGGAGCUAAAUACUUUAGCAUGUUAGAUCUUACUCAUGCAUAUUGGUCUGUACAACUAGACGAUCAAUCGUCUUACGUCACAACAUUUGCUACUCUUUUCGGUAGAUAUAGAUACUUAAGGUUACCAUACGGUAUAUCAUCAUCAAGUGAUAUAUUUUGUCAAAAGGUCAAUCAGAUAUUCGAAGGAAUAAAUGGAAUACACCCUCUUGUUGAUGAUAUUUUAAUAUGGGGAAACACGCAAGGUGAACAUGACAAACGUCUUACACAGGUUUUAUUACGUGCGCGCGAGCAAGGUAUCAGGUUUAAUGAGCAAAAAUGCACAAUUGGCGCCAAAUCAGUACCAUUCUUUGGUCAUAUCAUUACGGAAAGUGGGUUAAAAGCUGAUCCGUCUAAGAUUGAGGCAAUUAUAAAAUUGCCAAUCCCCAAUAACCGCGAAAUGGUCGAAAGGCUUUUGGGAAUGGUCAAUUAUCUCUCUAAAUUCGCGCCAAAUCUAGCAGAAGUUACAGCCCCCUUACGGAGCCUCUUGAAAAAAGAUACAGAGUUCAUAUGGGAUCAUGUUCAUGACCGAGCAUUUUCUCAAGUCAAAGAUAUUAUAACACAGGCACCAGUAUUAGGUUACUAUGACCCGACAAAGCCGCUUAUACUGGAAACGGAUGCUUCAAAAUUCGGAGUCGCUUGUUGUUUAUUUCAAGACAAUAGACCUAUCGCAUUUGCAAGCAAAAGCCUGACGCAAACUGAAAUCGGUUAUGCCGUCAUUGAAAAAGAAAUGCUUGGAAUUUUGUUCGGAUGCAAACGGUUUCAUCAAUUCACUUAUGGUAGAGAAGUUAUCGUACAUUGCGAUCACAAACCAAUAUCUGCCAUUAUGAAAAAACCAAUGUCCGCAGCACCGCCUAGAUUAUCUAGAAUGCUACUAGCUCUGUCUAAGUAUCAGUUAAUCGUAAAGCACAUUCCUGGUAAAGAAAUACCAUUCAAAUUAUACAAUAGUAUAUUUUACUGGACAUCUCAUUUGAGAUAUAAUAUUCUUGAUAAUAUACUUGUCACUAAAACAAAACAUACAACAGUGUGCAUCGUUAGCGACGGGACGACAAGAUGA